CGGCGCGACGGCGCCGCAGCGGUAUCCGGCUCCUUCCAGAGCGCUCCCGUCAGGAUUGUUUUCAUAAAGACAUGACCACACAGUACGGUAUUCUCUUCAAGCAAGAGCAAGCUCAUGAUGAUGCUAUUUGGUCAGUUGCCUGGGGRAAAAAUAAAAAUGAUGGUUCUGAAACAGUGAUCUCUGGUUCUUUGGAUGAUCUGGUGAAGGUCUGGAAGUGGAACGAUGAAAAGCUGGAUCUGCAGUGGACYUUGGAGGGUCACCAGCUGGGGGUGGUGUCUGUGGACAUCAGCCACACGGGUGCAAUUGCAGCUUCCAGCUCCCUGGAUGCCCACAUUCGCCUCUGGGAUUUAGAGACUGGCAAACAGAUCAAGUCCAUAGAUGCUGGUCCUGUUGAUGCUUGGUCCCUGGCAUUUUCACCUGAUUCCCAGUAUCUUGCAACAGGAAGUCAUGUGGGGAAAGUAAAUAUUUUCGGYGUUGAAACUGGAAAGAAAGAAUAUUCUCUGGACACCAGAGGAAAGUUCAUCCUUAGCAUUGCAUAUAGUCCAGAUGGAAAAUACUUGGCCAGUGGAGCAAUAGAUGGCAUUAUCAAUAUUUUUGAUAUUGCAACUGGAAAACUUCUGCAUACGCUAGAAGGCCACGCGAUGCCCAUCCGCUCGCUGACCUUCUCCCCGGACUCGCAGUUACUCGUCACCGCUUCCGAUGACGGCUACAUCAAAAUCUACGAUGUGCAACAUGCAAACUUGGCUGGCACAUUAAGUGGUCAUGGAUCCUGGGUUUUAAAUGUAGCAUUUUGUCCUGAUGAUACCCAUUUUGUUUCCAGUUCAUCUGAUAAAAGUGUAAAAGUUUGGGAUGCUGGAACRAGGACCUGUGUGCAUACUUUCUUUGACCACCAAGAUCAGGUUUGGGGAGUGAAAUACAAUGGAAAUGGGUCCAAAAUUGUGUCUGUUGGUGAUGACCAAGAAAUUCAUAUUUAUGACUGUCCAGUWUAA